CUACCACUACACCCAAACCACCCAAACACUGAUCCGCGUCGAGUCUAGUAACCAACGCCGAGCAUCCUCUAUUUCGGCUUCAAGGCCCGUCACGCGGCGUGCAAAACUCCCCUCCGGCAGAUAUCAAUUUACCCGGCCAUCACUCCAUUUCCCCCUCCCAUAAAAGCACCCCUCCAUAGCUUCCAACUAUAGAAUAUUUGCUGUAACACAACAUUUUAUUACCCCUCUAUCACAUUAUUUACCCCUCCAUCACGUUACAACCCCUCCAUCAAACCUUAACCCCCACCACAGCUACCAUGCCUACUUGGCUCAUCACCGGCUCCAACCGCGGCCUCGGCCUCGAAUUUGUCACCCAGCUCUCCCAGGACGCCGGGAACACCAUAAUCGCGACCUCGCGCUCUCUCUCCCCCUCCAACCUCGCUGGUCUCAAAGCGCUGGAUGGCAAUGCCGCCACUCUCCACAUCUUGGAAUGUGACACCAGUUCCCCCCCCUCCAUCACAGCAUUGGGGGAUCAGGUAACAGCCUUAAUCGGUGAUACCAAAAUUGACUACCUCCUCAACAACGCCGGUGUUAAUGUCGCCUCUCAACAAACCGGCCUCACCGUCACUCCCGAGGCGAUUUUGGAGAAUAUGCAAACUAACGUCAUUGGUCCGGCCAUGAUUGUCCAGGUCUUGGAGAAGCAUCUGGGAAGGGGGGGGGUGGUGAUGAACAUGACCUCGGGGCUGGGGAGUAUGUCCGAUGCGAAGGGGGCGGAAACGACGAAGUGCACGGCUUAUUCGAUUUCGAAGGCGGGGGUGAAUAUGUUGACUUUGCAUCAGGCGAAUGCGUUGGCGGAGAGGGGGGUGGUGGUUGUUUGUGUUGAUCCUGGGUGGGUUAAGACGGCUUUGGGUGGUGAGGGAGCGGUUAUGGAGAAGGAGGAUAGUAUUCGGGGGAUGUUGGGGGUGUUGAGGGGGUUGAAGGCGGAGGAUUCGGGGAAGUUCUUUGCGUAUGAUGGGAAGGAGAAGGCGUGGUAGAUGGGGAUUCAUUGGCAGAUUGGGGAGCAUUGGAUGGUAUAGAAGUGGAGGAUGAUUUAGAGGAGAUAUUUAUAAGGUGAUAUUAUGACUAUGUAUAUACCCUUGUAUGGACUUUUUGGCAGUGUGAGUAUUCGAAUUGAUAGGAG